AUAACCUACAAUUCAAAGUGUAAAUAAACAAUAACAUUUAUUAUUGAUAUAAUCUACUUCUAUUGUUUUUUGCAAUGUUUGGACAGAAACCAAAAUUUAUUAGACCUGGCGACGACACACUAUAUCCUAUUAGGAAUAAAGAUGGUGUGGUAGAGACGUUGUUAAAUCCAAGUGUAGACGUAGCAUUAACAGUAGACAGUGAUUCUAAAAGUAAUUUCGUGUAUAAUAGAUACCAUCAUUUACCUAUGAACACACAAAGACAGAAGUUGCCUGUGUUCCAGUAUAGAAACCAUAUAUUGUACUUAUUAGAAAAGUAUCAGAGUUUAAUAUUGAUCGGGGAAACAGGAUGUGGGAAAUCAACACAAGUUCCACAGUAUUUAUACGAAAUCGGACACAGAGUAUGCGUGACGCAGCCCAGAGUGGCCGCGGCGGUGACGCUUGCGGCCAGAGUGGCUACCGAGAGGGGGGAAGAACCUGGCCACACUGUGGGCUAUGCUGCCUCGAUGACGUCAGCUAGGACCACUGAUACUGGCAUUGUGUUCAUGACGGAAGGUGUGCUACUAAGAGAAAUGUUUGCUUCGCCACUUUUAAUGCAGUAUACCUGUAUUGUACUGGAUGAGGUCCAUGAGAGAACUCAAAUGACAGAUGUUCUUAUGGGAUUAUUAAAGAAAAUAGCCAAAAAACGUAAAAAUCUCAAGUUAGUAAUAUCGUCAGCGACAAUGGACGCUGAGUUUCUGAGAGAUUUCUUCAAUCUAACAAACAAAAAGGAGGUAGACAGAAAGAGUACGUCAGUGAUAAUGUCAAUGCAGGGACGGACUCAUCCUAUUGAUGUGUUUUAUGUCGAAGAACCAGUAGCAGAUUAUGUAAAGGCCACAGUAGAUACAGUUAUCAAAAUACAUGAAAACGAACCAUUUGGGGAUAUUCUAGCCUUUCUGACGUCACAGGAAGAAAUACUAUCAGCUUUAGAAGUACUCCAGCAGUAUGCAGAAGAGAAUGACGAGGCUAAUAAACACAGGCGACAUUUCGCGAGUGGCAUUCGGGCGGCGAGUGUGUCAGUGCUGCCGCUGUAUGGCACCAUGCCACACCACAGACAGCUCAAAGUGUUCCAGAUGGCAGACAGCAACGUGCGCAAAGUGAUACUGGCAACUAAUAUUGCGGAGACCAGUGUUACUAUACCGGGGAUUGUAUAUGUAAUCGACUGCGGUUUCCACAAGUUGCCGUACUUCGAUCCAGCGGUGGGUGUGCAGUCUGUCUGUAUCACUGCUAUAUCUAAGAAUAAUGCGCGACAGCGAGCGGGCCGGGCGGGCAGGACUAGUCGCGGGAAAUGUUAUAGAUUGUACACAGAAAGUGAAUACGACAAGUUACCAAGUUCUAUACCGCCGGAGAUGUGCCGCAGUAACUUAGCCUCUAUGUUGCUGCAGCUUAAAGCACUUGGAAUACAUAAUGUUUUAAGGUUCACAUUCCCCACGCCUCCUCCAGCGAAGAGUCUGAUAUCAGGUUUGGAGACGCUGUUCGCGCUGCGGGCGCUGGCCGGCGACGGCGCGAUGACGUCACACGGCGCGCGGCUCGCCGAACUGCCCUUGGACCCGAUGUUCGCCAACAUGUUGUGCAACAGCGGUGAAUACGGUUGUAUCGAGGAAAUGCUCUCCAUAGUAUCAAUGCUGCAGGUGGACGGCGUGUUCCUCUCCCCUGCCAGCGGGAAGGGGAAUAUUAACGCUAAGAUAUCACGAAGAAAUAACUUUGAGGUAGCAGAAGGCGAUAUUAUAAUGUAUUUAAAUAUAUUUGACGCAUAUCUAAAUGUCAGGACAAAAGACACGUCUAAAUAUAAAAAGUCAUGUAAAGCCUGGUGUCAGAAGAUGUAUAUCAAUUAUCGAGUUAUGGAGAAGGCAUAUGAAAUACGACAAAGUCUGGAGAAAUUAAUAAAAGACAAGUUUAAAAUAGAGGAAAAAGUUUUCGAAGGACCCGAUCUAGGAAGUGGUAAAUGUGUCCGUGUAAUGAAGUGCGCGGUGUCGGGCCUGUUCCCGCACGCGGCGCGCCUCGCGCUCAGCGGACAGUACCGCGGCGUGCGCGGCGCGGCGCUGCGCAUAAGUCCUGAUAGCUGUUUAUAUCAGCAACAACAACCGAAAUGGGUGGUUUUCGCUAAUGUGGCGAAUGUGGGCAACAACACAUACAUGAGAGAUAUCCUCACCAUACAACAGCACUGGCUCACGGAAAUAGCUCCACAUUACUAUAGAGAAACUUGAAAAACAUUCAUAUGGAAAUUUAUUCAACAGAUUACUAAAAUGACAGCAAAUUAUAUGAUAAAGUAUGACUUUUUAAAAGUACAAUAAAUGUAAAUAUGUUU